GACAUUAAAGUCGAUCAAUUCAGUACGAUCGAGAAUUAUCUCCAACACCUAGGAUUGAUCAAGAUGGUUACAUGGAGAGAGUGUGGCAUUCAAGGCCCUCAGGAAACAACAGGAUUAGGUUUUGGGCAAAAAAAAAAGCUGAAUUAACAGUUAAAAGAAGCUUAAGAUUGUUUUGUGUAGUUUUUACUCUUUAAUUUGUUGAUGGAUUGAAAGUCUGAGAGGAACACUAAGUUAGUAUUGUGUGUUGUGUUAGGUUUGAAAAUGCAAAAGCUUGGGCGUUACUUUUGAACGACAGAGCUGUACAACAACAACUCAAUGCUUUACAUAAAGCAGUAUGAACACAUCGGAGAACUUGGAAUAUGAUUAUAAUGACUGUGAUGAGGGUCCCGGUCUGGAGAUGCCAGUUCUGUACUACAUCCUGUUUUGUAUAAGUGUACUAGGCAACACCACAAUUCUUUGGGUUCUCCUCCGGCACAUAAAGCUGAAAUCUGUGACGGACAUAUGCCUCUUCAACCUGGCCCUGUCCGACCUCAUACUGGCUGGAUCCCUGCCCCUCUGGGUCAACAAUUCUCAGAACCUUGCAUCAUGCAAACUCCUGACAGGAGUCUAUCAGGUGGGUUUCUACAGUGGGACUUUCUUUGUGACCCUAAUGAGUGUGGACCGCUACCUGGCCAUCGUCCACGCUGUUGCAGCCAUGCGAGCGCGGACACUUCCCUAUGGAAUCACAGCCAGCAUCAUUAUCUGGGUUAUAUCAGUCAUCAUGGCAAUCCCUGGGGUGGUAUUCGCCUCUUUGGAGAUAGAUGCAUUUGACAACAGCUCCCAGUGCCAGCCAGAGUACCCAGAUGAAAGUCAGCGGUUUUGGAAGAUGCUGCGAAACUUCAGCGAGAACACAGUGGGCCUUUUCGUGGGCCUCCCGAUCAUGAUUUUCUGCUAUGUGAAAAUCCUUGUUGUGCUGUCCAAGUCUAGGAACUCCAAAAAGAACAGAGCUGUUAAGCUGAUAUUCACCAUUGUGUGUGUGUUUGUAGUGUGCUGGGUCCCGUACAAUGUCAUAGUAUUCCUUAAAACACUACAGCUGUUCCACGACGCCCUGAACACCUGCGAGGCUUCAAAAGGCAUCGACUCUGCCAUGGGCUUUGCUGAAAUCAUUGCACUGUCUCACUGCUGUGUGAAUCCAGUCAUCUAUGCAUUUGUAGGGGAGAAGUUCAGGAAGUCACUGCGCAAUGUGCUGCCUAGAUACUUCUGCGGGAGUCAGCAAAGCAGAGGGAAUUUCAGCCACAGAGACACCACAGACAAAGAAACUUCCAACACAGAUUAUUAAGAAUGAUAUGAGAUGUUUGUGUGUGUGUGUGUGUGUGUGUGUGUGGUGUUGUGCAUGUGGUUGGUGCUUCGAAGAGCUGAACAAGAACACGGGAUGCUGUUAUUUUGAAAGUGUAUAGAAUUUUCUGAAACAUUUAUAGAAAUCGUGUUAUUCAAAGUAUAUUUGUAACUUGUACAACUAUAUUGUUUUUGUAAAGUAAAGAAAUAAAACUAGCUUGAGAACAAAA